AUUGGCAACAUUGUUUUUUGGUAGUUUACAAAUAAAAUGGCCGAUAUGUGAGGCUAGUUUGUAUGGACAAUAAAAUAUGCAAUUAUGUAAAAUUAAUGACCGUCGGCCGUGCGUGCGUCCAAGUCAAAACGUAGCCCCGUGAGCGCGAAACACGGAAAAAGUGCGCGGAGCACGAGUGAGAGUGUGGGAGCGCCGUGGGAGGAAGGUGGAGGUUGUCUUUCAAGACCCGUGGACGCCGCGGGCCGCGGGCCCGAAAGACCGAAACCCGAAUACCCGAAACGAAAGGAUAUCACUUAUGGUCUCCAACACAUAGAAGAGCCGCGGCGGCGUGCUUUUUUCUAUUGGUGUACAGUGGCGCGGCAACGAUACGAAAGCGGCUCCUAGAGAGGCGAAAAGGGAAAAACGGCGAACCUUCGAAACGGCCGCCCUGCUCCGAUAUUGCCGACGUACGGCUCACCGUGUCUCGUGCAGCCCUCCGUCUCGGACUCUCGGCUUGUGCUCCCGGGGCCCGCAUCUCGCGAUCCCGAGAUCGGCGUAAGCGCCUCGGGUGCACGUUGCACGCUUUUAUGAUUGUAGCGACAUAAUUUUGCUAGAUUAACCGCUUGACAGCCCAGUUCUGUAGCCGGGAAUAGCCGGGGAUAUCUGCUUACCUGCUCGUGGACACCGAGGCUCCGUCAAGCUCCGGCAAGCCGCGUCUGGCGUCUAGCGUCUAGCGUCCCCUGUUCCUGACGGCCGUUCUUGGCACAGAUAUGACACCCGUACUUUACCACCAAGGCCGAGAUACUGGAGCGUGACGGGUACGUUUACUUGGAACCUCUCAAAAUAUUUCCCACGGAUCAGUUUGUUAUAGUGGAAAGGACUGGCACGGAAAAUGCAUUGACAGAGACGGAGCAACGCAUCAGCAGUGCCGCGUCCAGCCAGACUAAUCCAUCUAUCACAACCCUGACGAAUAUGUGUACCACUCCUGGGAAUGCGGGUACAGGUUUCGGGUAUGCUUGGUCCUUCGGACCGGGGACAGAGACCCGAGAGAACGCCCAAAGCGAACUCGCGACAAACAUCAGUUACGCCGUCAACAAUAACCAGGAUCAAGGAUCCAGUCAGAAGAUACAAGUCGACAUCAAGCCGACCAAGGUUACCGCUACCACUCAUCGUCGUCCGAUGUUUGCGAUGAACGAAAGUUGUCAGCAAACACCCACUACGCAUCAUGGCCAUACAGGCGGAGCACACAAUCAAACGACCCACGGCACUCACGUUCGCACUAAAAAGCAUCACGACGUAUUUUCGUUAACGUGUGACAAAGGGGGAUGUACGUGCGACGCGGCUCAUCCCACACCUCCGCCUUCCUUGUUCUCAAACACCUUAGUUUUUACAACAGCCGACAAGCACGCCAUGAGUAAGCACUUCAUGACACCGAUCGGCCCGUUGCAGCUUACCGCGGAAGAGUGCAAUGAGAUCUUGAUGAAGAGAGCGGCUGCUGCGUCCAAUCAAGCUAACGCGACGAAUAACGUUGCGACCAGUCAGACGGACAAUACCGCUCACUUUGGCCAUGUUUUGACCCAUGUCAAUACGACGCAAAUCGAGACGAAAGUCAAACAGCAACAGGAUAUGGGAAGUCAGGUCCGUGUACCGAAAGAACGACCGUACUCUUGCUCGGAAUGCGGAAAAUCCUUUCUUCUCAAGCACCAUCUUACCACACACGCGAGAGUACACACCGGCGAACGGCCACACAUUUGCAUUCAUUGCGGCAAGAGUUUUGCGCACAAACAUUGUCUUCAUACGCAUCUGCUCCUGCACAGCGCCGAGAGACCGUACCAAUGUCGCGAAUGUAAAAAAUCUUUCACGCUGAAACAUCAUCUUGUAACACAUACCCGCGUGCAUACGCGGGAGCGGCCGUUUAUCUGUCAGGAAUGUGGAAGAGCAUUUCCUCUAAAACGUCAUUUAGUGACGCACAGUAAGUUCCACUCGGGGGAGAGACCUUACGUUUGCGAAGAAUGCGGGGAAUCGUUUUCGCAAAAGGAUCAUCUUACGAUGCACUCGCGCUUCCACGGCAGCCUACAUCCAUUCGUUUGCCCCGAUUGCGGUGCAACUUUUCAGAGGAAGUUCGAGCUAGUUAAUCACGGCCGGCUGCAUGGCAGAGUACCACAUUCGUGUACCGUCUGCGGAAAGGAAUUUCUGCAGAAGCGAACACUUUUAGCUCAUAUGCGUUUACAUACGGGCGAGACACCCUUCGCUUGUACCGUUUGCGGAGAAGCAUUCCCUCGGAAAGCAGACCUGGUCGCUCAUUCUAAGAUUCACAACAAUAAUGCAAAUACUGAUGAAAAGUCCCUUACAUGCAGGGAAUGUGGUUUGGACUUCCCGAAUCGAGAAGCUCUAAAUUUGCACCAGAGGUUACAUACUGGUGAUCGAACGCUUGUAACAGACCUUUGUGGAUUAGCAGCCGCUUUUCAGCAAACUCCGGCACAUUUCCUUACCCCAAACACUCCAGGAGCACAUCAGAUGAACGGACCGAUAGGGACUCCUGGUGUCAGUCAUAUGCAUGGCGCGACGCAAACAUCGCCACCAGUGGGUACAGGACCAAAACCUAAGCCACAUAUUUGUCCUGAUUGCGGCCGCGGUUUCGCACAAAAACACGGCUUGUCGCAGCAUCAACGACGUCACACAGAUGGCAGUUGCCACAUAAGAUCACACGUAUGUGACAAAUGCGGCAAAGCCUUCUUCCAGAAGAAUCAUUUGUUAUUACAUCAACGUCAGCAUAUGGAUCCGCCACCAAGUAUACUUAGACAACAACAGAGACAAGCUGCUCAAGCUGCGGCUCAGCAAGCACAACAGCAACAGCAGCAGCAGCAACAAGCGCAACAGCAACAACAGCAGCAAGUUCAGCAGCAGCAGCAAGUGCAACAACAAGUACAGCAGCAACCACAGCAACAGCCGCAAACGUGUACCGUCGAUACUAAAACGAUUCAACUACAGGCAAUACAACAGCAGGUACAGCAACAGGUGCAACAACAGGUGCAGCAGCAACAGCAGCAGCAGCAGCAACAGCAACAACAACAACAACAGCAGCAGCAGCAACAACAGACGCAGCAGCAGCAGCAGCAAGCAUGUUCCGUGGACGCUAAAGCAAUACAGUUGAAUGUCACCAUGUGAGACGGUAUAAAGAUGAGGGACUGGAGAGUCCUUGAAACAUUAGCACUCCCAAAUGCGCACCCUGCUGCCACCCUCUGCACGCACUUCUCUUGUACUAACAAUAUACGUUAGAUAUAUAUUUAUUAUCUCUAGAUUCAAAAAUAAUAAUCAAUUUUACAUACAAGAAUAGGAAUAUACAAAGAAUAUACAUAUAUAUACACUAUAUUCUAAUUACUAUAAGGCUUGUAACAAGGAAAUAAAAGUAACCAUAUAUUAGUGUUUUACAUAUACAAUUUAUAAAUAUACAAAUAUAAAAAUAUAUAAAUAUAUAAAUAUAUAAAUAUAUACUCUAGACAUGUAAAAUGAGACUAAAACAAAUUAGUUGCCUUAACGAGAAGAAGAAUUUUAAUGAAUAUAUUAACUAUUAUGUUUGGUGAUUUUUUCAUUUACUUUUAUUUAGUAGGACAUCACUUUAUAAGAAAACACAUAUUGAAUAAAUCAAGAUAAAAAAAUAAGUUCGCCGUGUAUCGCUGCUUUGUUGUUAUCCUUCUCAAUGUAUUUGUGCGACGGUAAUUGAAAGGAGAUAAUCGAUGUGUGAACAGUAAAACAGUAACAGAAAGGGGGAGAUUCUUCUGUAAAGGGUUUUGGCGAAGAGAAAGAGGGUGGCAGACAUUGCGCAUUUAUGAAGCAUUUUUAAAGCUUAGAUCUAUAUAAGAUAGCAUUUUAGCCCCGCGCAAUUUAUAUUUUUACGUUAAACGUACGAGCAACUUGUUCGUUAAAUUUUAGAAAUACGUAAGAAUCCCGGUUUUAUAAAAUCCAAAUAUCAAUAAAUGGAUGUAAAUGUU